AUGGGCACCAUAUACUACCUGAGCGCCACCAUCUUCCAACAGCCCGUUGCAGAAAUCUCCCAUGUCGUCGGAAGAAAGCCAGCGUUUCUGCUAGUGUUGACUUUUGCAGCCGCCGGGACAGUCAUCGCUGGAACGGCAAACAGUAUCGCCGUCCUUCUUGCCGGCCGUGCUUUUCAAGGAUUUGCCAACGCCGGCUCGGUUCUCUCUGCUAUUAUCCUGACCGACCUCGUGCCUAUCCAGGAUCGAGCCAUCUGGCUGGCAACCCAAAAUGCUAGAAUGUUGUUCUUCAUGAACCUUCCGCUGCUUGUCAUCUCUGCUAUCGGUCUGGCAUUCCUGCUCGGGUUUGACAGACCUGAGCUAGGCAUUCGAAAAAGUCUGAAAAGUGUCGACUGGAUCGGUAUCGGAAUAUUCAUCCCGUCUGCCCUGUCAUUCCUCUCGCCAUUUGUCAUGGCUCCGACGCUUUUCCCGUGGAUAUCCGUCCAGGCUUUGGUACCGUUAGCAUCGGGCGUCAUUGGGUUGGCGACACUGGCGGUGCAUCAACGGUUCUUUGCGAGGCGCCCAAUGUUCCGGCCCGAGAUUUUCAGCAAGCAUGUCACCGUCUCAGCCAUCCUCGGCCUGACGGUCUGCGGCAUCUGUCUGAACAUACUCUUGUUCCAUCUCGUCCUCUUCUGGGAAGGUGUGCGGGGCUAUAGUAAGAUGGAAACCAGCGUCGCAGUCCUUCCAGAAACAGUGAGCAUACCCAUUGCGGCCCUGGUGUGCGGCUUGGUGAUGCGUCGGACGAAUCGAAUCCGGGAGGCUGUCUCGGUAGGCUGGCCAUUAGCUGUUCUCUCACUCGGCCUUCUGUGGUUCAUGGACGACAACACCCCUCUGCCAUGGUUGGUCAUCGUCAACUGCGGUGUUGGUUUGGCGGCAGGCAUCUUGAUGGCAGCGCUCAAUGUUUCGCUUCUCGCGGCGACAAAGCGUGAACUUAACGGCCAUGCAAUUGCCAUGGGCUUACAGGCCAGGUCGGCUGGAAUGUGUCUUGGUAUUGCCAUUGGCACAACUGUCUUCAGCUACACCAUGAACCAGAGGCUCCGGCAGGUAGGCGGGGAGAUGAACUCUGAAGAAAUCUUGAGAAUGAUUGAAGAGAUCAAGCGGGAUCCUAACUGCCGGAAAGCCAUCAUCGAUGCUCUUCGCGUGCUUUGGGUCAUUUGCUGUGCCCUGUCCGGGAUAGUUGGUCUCUACAACUGCGUCUGCAAAUUCCCUCUUCUGAGGGAUCCCUCCGCCGAGGGCCCAGGCACAGAGAGAGUUGCAGCCAACGGACCGGAGAAGAGGGCAAACUCGAGCACCGUCGCUUCUCAGGACUCCAAAGUCUGA